AGUUCAAAGGCUAAAGAUUUAUUCAAAGUCGAAUGUGAACAAAAACAAUAGAAAGUCUAGUACUUGAGUAGUACAAACGAAAGUUAUGGCUAGUGUUACCCGUGUUUUAAAUUCUCUUAGCAAAAGUGUUAUUUGUAAUGUUUUGAAGGCCGAAGUGAAAUUACCAAUAGUUGCAGCAAAUAGAUUCUAUACGUCAGGUCAGUAUGAGAAUCUCAAGGUAGAAAAAAGAGGAGAGAAACAAAAUGUGGUUUUGAUCCAGCUCCACAGACCUAAAGCCCUUAAUGCACUAUGUGAUGCAUUAAUUGCUGAGCUAAGCACUGUUCUCGAUGAAGCAGAGGCAGAUAAAAAUGUUGGUGCUAUUGUCCUGACUGGAAGUGAAAAGGCAUUUGCUGCUGGUGCAGACAUAAAAGAGAUGCAGAAUAUAAACACAUUCUCUGAUGUUUACAACAGUAACUUCCUCAUGGGUUGGGACAGAGUAGCCAGAUGCCGUAAGCCAGUUUUGGCUGCUGUCAAUGGAUUUGCUUUGGGUGGUGGAUGUGAACUAGCAAUGAUGUGUGACAUAAUCUAUGCUGGGGAGAAGGCUCAGUUUGGCCAACCUGAAAUAACACUAGGCACAAUUCCAGGUGCUGGUGGCACUCAAAGACUUGUGAGAGCUAUUGGCAAAUCUAAAGCUAUGGAACUGGUUCUCACUGGAUAUAGAAUAUCAGCCCAAGAAGCAGAGAAAGCUGGCCUUGUUAGCAAAGUUUUCCCCCCUGAUCAACUAGUCAAUGAAGCUGUGAAGACAGCAGAAAAAAUAGCUAGCUUUUCUAAAGUGAUUACAGCCAUGUGUAAGGAAGCUGUUAACACUGGUUAUGAUCUUACACUGACUGAAGGUAUCCAUUUUGAGAAAAGAUUGUUCCAUGCAACAUUUGCAACUCAUGAUAGAAAAGAGGGAAUGUCUGCAUUUGUUGAGAAACGACAACCCGACUUUAAAGAUUGCUGAUGGUUCACUGCUCAUAUAUCGGAGCAUAGGAUAUGUAUGUUUGCAGAAAAAAUUGUGUUACUGUAUGAAAUAAACCAGAUAUUUUUAGUAUCUA